UUGACACUGACACAUGUGUCUUUUGAAUAAGAAGGUUAAGUGGAUUGUGGUCAAAUUUUGAAAUUUAGAAAAAUGUCGAAAAAGCGAGGUAAUAAGAAAAAUCUAGACGACGAUUUUGAAGAAACCAACAGUAUUACUAGUGAAAAGGAAAAGCCGGCUCCUAAAUCUAAAAGUAAGGCCGGUAAGAAAGGGAAGAAAGGCAAAGAUGGUUGGAGUGAUGACGAGGAUCUUGACCAAGGUAAAGAAAUCGUCGAUAAAUCAGAACCGAUCGAAUCUAAGCCUGCUUCAAAAAAGAAAGCCAAGAAAGGAAAGGCCAAUAAAAACGACGAUUGGUCCGAUAAAGAAGAAGACAUCAAACUUUCUGAUGAAGAAACAAAGCCUGCAUUUAUAGCAGCUAAAAAGUCUGCCAAGAAGAAUAAGAAAAAGAAAGGCGAUUGGUCAGACGAUGAAGACAUUGAAGUUAAGCUAUCGGAGAGCGAAGAUGAGAAUGUACCACAAAUAGUAAAAAAAUCGUUAAAGAAGAAUAAAAAGAAGAAAGAAGUGGAUAUAGAUGAUGAGUUAGAUGUUGAUUCUGAAAUUAGUGAAUCUGCAAAGGAUAAGAGUAAUGAUAAGAAUGAUGUCGAUAAUGAAUCUCAGGAUGAAGGAAGCCUUAAAUCCGUGGAAGAGUUACCGUUACCCACAAAAUCCAAAAAGAAAAGUAAAACCCAAAACUUGAAAUCCGAACCAUCUGCCCCAGAUGAUAACGUAGAAGAAAUAUCGGAUAAACCAAUCGAAAAUGGUACAAGUAGUAAAGCUGAUGAAACAGUAGCAAAAGAAACACCAGCCAAGGAAAUAGAGGAAAUAACCGAAAAGCUCAGCUCGACCGAUAUCGGCGAUCAAUCGGAAUCGAAAGAAAAAAAAUUAACUCACAAAGAGAAGAAAAAGAUGAAGAAAAUGCAGCAAUACGAACAGCAAAUGGAGACGAUGCUGAAGAAGGGCGGACAAGGCCAUUCCGAAUUAGACAGCAACUUUACCGUAACGCAGGCGCAGAAAACCGCUGGGCAAUUGGCUGCGUUCGAAAAUGCAGUCGAUAUAAAAGUCGAGAAUUUCAGUAUAGCCGCUAAAGGAAACGAUUUGUUCAUUAACGCGAAUUUAUUAAUUGCUCAAGGCAGACAUUACGGCUUAGUCGGCCCCAACGGACACGGAAAGACUACAUUGCUGCGACACAUAGCCCAAAGAGCCUUCGAGAUCCCUCCCAACAUCGACAUACUCUACUGCGAACAAGAAGUAGUAGCGGAUGACAACACUGCAGUCGAAACCGUCCUAGCUGCCGACGUUAAAAGGAACAAUUUACUCAAAGAAUGCAAAGAAUUGGAGGCUGCUUUCAACGGCGGCAACUUGGAAGUUCAAGAAAAAUUAAACGAUGUUUACGCGGAAUUGAAAGCCAUCGGGGCCGAUUCCGCCGAGCCCAGAGCGAGGAGAAUUUUAGCCGGUUUGGGAUUUGACCGAGAAAUGCAGGAUCGUGCUACGAAAAACUUCUCCGGUGGCUGGCGUAUGAGAGUCUCCCUGGCCAGGGCGCUUUACAUCGAACCAACGUUGUUAUUGCUCGAUGAACCUACUAAUCAUUUAGAUUUGAACGCGGUUAUUUGGCUCGACAAUUACUUACAAGGAUGGAAAAAGACCCUUCUCAUUGUUUCUCACGAUCAAUCUUUCUUGGACAACGUGUGCAAUGAAAUCAUUCACUUGGAUCAGAAAAAGUUGUACUAUUACAAAGGGAACUAUUCGAUGUUUAAGAAAAUGCAUGUGCAAAAGAGGAAAGAAAUGAUCAAGGAGUACGAGAAACAGGAAAAGCGGUUAAAAGAGUUGAAGUCUUCCGGAUCUUCCAAGAAACAAGCUGAGAAAAAGCAGAAAGAAGCUUUGACCAGGAAACAGGAGAAAAAUAGAACGAAAAUCCAGAAACAAGACGAGGAAAUUACUCCUACAGAGUUACUUCAGAAACCUAAAGAAUAUUUAGUGAAAUUCAGCUUCCCGGAACCUCCACCUCUUCAACCGCCUGUUUUAGGAAUACAUAAUGUUACUUUCGGAUGGCCCGGACAGAAACCUCUCUUCGUAAACACGGAUUUCGGUAUCGACAUGAGCAGUAGAGUGGCAAUUGUCGGACCGAAUGGUGUAGGAAAAUCCACAUUUUUGAAAUUGUUAACAGGAGAUUUGACGCCAGCUGUAGGAGAAAAUAGAAGGAAUCACAGAUUGCGUAUUGGAAGAUUCGACCAGCACUCCGGAGAACAUCUAACCGCUGAAGAAACUCCUUCAGAAUACCUCAUGCGGUUGUUUGAUCUACCCUAUGAGAAGGCGAGGAAGCAAUUAGGAACGUUUGGAUUGGCUAGUCAUGCACAUACUAUUCGUAUGAAGGAUCUUUCCGGUGGACAGAAAGCUCGUGUAGCCUUAGCUGAACUUUGUUUGAAUGCUCCCGAUGUACUAAUUUUGGAUGAACCUACUAAUAAUUUAGACAUAGAAUCAAUCGAUGCUCUGGCAGAAGCCAUUAACGAAUACACUGGUGGCGUAAUAAUUGUUUCCCACGACGAACGAUUAAUAAGAGACACCAGCUGUGCCCUCUACAUAAUUGAAGACAGAACAAUCAACGAAUUGGAUGGAGACUUUGAUGAUUACAGGAAAGAACUGCUGGAAAGCUUAGGAGAAGUAAUUAACAGUCCCAGUAUAGCGGCCAAUGCAGCAAUUGCUUAGGUGAAUUGUUACUGUUGCAAUAAAUUUAAAUUGUUAAAAGUGAAAUUGUUGAUAUUCUAGCUAAUUUCUAAAAAUACAAUAUUUUUCAAUCGCAAUUCAAAGUGAAAUUAUCAUACAUUUGAUGGCCUUAUACAUGAUUAAUAAAUUUUUUUAUUUAUUAUUUAACGAAUCGUAUGUACAACUUUCAUUUUAAAAAUAAAAUCGUUUACCUACCUACGCAUUUCUUAAUAAUGGGAACUCUGCGAAUAGCGAAAAUAGAAUUGUUUAUUCCUUUCAUUAAAUUAAAUUAGUUUAAAUUUAUUUACAAAAGAAACGUUACGUUUGAAUCGAAGAAACACGUACUUAGCGAUUUGGCUUCUAGAAUAAAUUUCUACACACCGGACACGAACUCUUGUAGCUCGUCCUAAACCAUUUGUACUAAAAACAAAUAUGUAUAAAAAUAAAAUCUUCGCAACAAGCACAAUUCUCUUACCAAGCAAGCCGAAUGGAACUUUUUCUUGCACGUCUGACAGGACAACUUCGGCAACUGGUAGGUUCCCGGGUGCAAAACGGCGAAACAGAUGUAACAUUCCUCCACCCCGUCGAAUUUCUUGUCCAAAUUAUUGUUCCACAGGGACAACCCGUCCCAGAUCCGGCCGUUCUGGUGGACCACGCAUUUCUUAAAUUGCAACAACCAUUGCUUGAGGCUGGCGCCGGCGAUCUGCUUGUCGCAACGGACAAACACGCAACCUAAUGGAUAGUUCGGCGGCAGAGUUAUUAUAAGUUCCACCUGCGCCUCGUCCACCGUGUAAAUGGCGAUUAUUUCCCUCGCUCCGGGCAACACGUUCAGC